AUGUUGGGAGCAGGAAGUGCUACCGAUUGGGAAAGCGUUGGACCUCCGCCUGAAUUCAUUCCGCAAAGUAUCCGACGGCUUCGACGUCGUCCGCGGUCCCAGCUCCCCGCCACGUCCGAGGGUAAUUCAGGCAAGGAGGAGGAAGCGGAUGGCACGUUGGAUGUCACCGACGGUGACUGGGAAGCCGUGGACUACCUGCGAUGGUCGCUGAGUGAUGCUAUCGCUGUCGGGUACGGCAAAACUGACGGCUUUCUCCUCGGUGGUCGAUUUGCUGUUGACAGGGACCUGUGGAACCUGCGCGUCUGGGCGAAUGGAGCCGAUCGAUAUGGCCUUGAGAACCCAAUUGCUUGA